AUGCUAUUUCCCGUUCGUCUAAAUCUUAUCUACAGUGUAUUUCGAUCAAGUACCGUAAUUCUUUUGAUCAGUAUUCUAUGCAAUGCUGUCGAUGUUGUAAGUCCUGAACUGGAAUUGGAUACUAGUGUUGGUCUGGUUGAAUGUGUACAGUGUGUACAAUUAUGGCGGACGGCAUCGCAACGUGAUACGAGAGCAUGCGGACCGCAUGCGAAAACAUGCAAAGGAAAUGCGUGUUUCAUGCGUCAAUGUAAACAUUGUCCUGUAUACCAAUACAUGUCCGGAUGUGUGGAUCUAACCCCCUGGCAAAUUGCCGAUUUGGAGGUGAAUCGUCGACGAUCCGAGCUGCGACUGCGACGAGUGGGCUCGGAAUUAUUGUGUGAGGACACCUUCAAUCAGACGACGUGCAUAUGUAACAGGAGGGACAAGUGCAAUUCAAUGUAUGCUCGAUUGCCAUUUUCGACUUACGGUGAAGGGAUCUUCAGCGGAGUCGUCAAUUUCGACCAAAUCAUUGCGGAUUUGGAUCCUAGGUACCUCGAAAUAAUCUCCGGUUAUCAGUACCGGUUUGCCAAAGGCUCAACAACCACUAGUAGCUUUGUACUAAUAUUAUUAUUGUUAAUAAUUGUUACGGAAUUUUCAUGUAUCAUCUGA